CUCCGAUUGGGCGAGGCGGGACGGCACGGCCAAUCCGCGGCGAGCGCCGGCCGCUCAGGCCAAUGGCCAGGAGGUGGGGGCGGGACGGAGGUGGCUAGGUCCCGCCUCCUCACCCGAGCGCCCGGACGAGCGGCUUGAGUGCCUCUGAGUCUGGGGAGUGGCCACUGACAGCCAUGAUGAACGAACAAAUGCAGGAGAUGGAGGAGGUGAGCAAGGAGCUGCUGAAGUUGCUGGCAGCAGGUGGGGCUGGGAACCUGCUGAAGAGAAGCCUGGACAAACAGGAGAAGAUGUUUGACAAGCUCCUGGAUACGCAGCUGACGGCGGCGCAGCUGGUUAAAGAUCUCCUAGCUACGGAGGAGAAGGUGGCUCAGAAACUCCUGGCGGGGGAAGAGGAGAUGCAGACCAGCCUGCAGAAGGUGCUGGCGCUGGAAGAGGCGCUGCAGAGAGCCAGUGAGGAGGACACCAGCCUGAGGGCUGAGAGCAGUGCCUUGCGGAGAGAGCUGGAGGAGCUGAGGGCCGAGGUCGGGCGCCUGCAGGACGACAUGGAGGACGACACUGGCAUGGUCAAUUCUGCAAUGUACAUCGCACAGCUUUAUUACAAGAUCAGCCGGCUGGACUGGGACUACGAGUGUCAGCACCCCCAGAUCAAAGGCAUCCAUCAUGGCCCAGCCAUUGCUCAGCCCAUCAACAUCGACAGCAGCCAGCACUCCAAGUGCUUCAUCAGUGACUACCUGUGGAGCCUGGUGGACACGGCCUGGUGACCGUGACCCUGCCCCAGGCCAGCCUCACUGAUCGGCUGGACACUGGACGGCGGGAGUGACUAAAAGCUGGCUCGGGCCUCGACCAGCGCGAGCAAGAACGGACCCAGGGACUAAUCACAAAGGGAUUUUUUAUUAAUGUAACAAUAAACGUUUGAAAUCAUUAAAACCAAUCUCCCA